AUGCACCAGAAAGAACAACUUCACGACAAUAGCAUGUCAAUGAUGCAAUCUCAGCAUUUCUCCAUGGGGAGGUCUGUUGGAUUCAAUCUCGGAGCAACAUAUUCAUCUCAUCGACCUCAGCAGCAACAGCAACAUGCUCCAUCAGUCAGCAGUAGUGGUGUGUCCUUCACACCUGGAAACAAUCAAGAUCUGCUGCACGUGCAUGGCUCUGAUAUGUUUCCAUCUUCACAUUCAUCUUAUCAUUCCCAGAUGAGCCAGCUAAGGGUGAUCCAGAAUUCAAUGUGCCACAAUGUUAUUUUGCGAAACAACCACCAGCAUUACACAAAAUUGGGCAAGAGAAGCUCGAGAAGCAGUCUGGCAAGGUUAAACAAUGGAGUUGACUUUUUUGUUGAAGUAUUAUGUCAAGAUGGAAGGAUUUACUUCACCAUUGCACUUAGACGUUUUGGAGAUGACUUCUCUGUUUUCUUUAUACUUGUUUUGAAUGUUAAGGGGAGCAUGCAGGUGGUGACUCCUUUGUUGGCAAAGGAUUUUCAAAUUGGAAGAAGAAAGAAAGAUUGCAAGUUCAUGUUGGAGGUCCCAAUAGUGCUCAUACUAAAGCUUGGAGAAAAUGUGAAGCCGUGA